AUCCUGUGCGAGCUUGAGGAGCCAUAAAAGGCUUAAAGCAUGGCUCUGCUAAUCCGCCCUAUACACACACCCGCACGCACAGCUCCGGCGGCGGCAUCGAGGAGGAUCCCGACGGCCGCAGCAGAUGGGAGAGCUCCGGCUCCGCUCAGCCCACGCCUCCUGAAAGCGGGUGAUUAAAGCACAGGGAUUUCUACUCGUAUUCUCGCAGCCACCCCCCCACCAUCCUCAGCCCCCACCCGAGGGAUGGAUGCUCUCAUGCUGGAGAUGCCGGCGCUGGGCUGAACUCGAGGAGUGUUGGUAGUGCCGACAGAUCCGAGCUGGAGCUGCUGACUCCUGCGUGGAGCUGUGAUUCCUUCCCAAGGUUUGUGCUAUUUCCAGCUCCUGUUGUCCCCGUUCCUGUGACGCCCAUCUCUGUGUUUGCUUGGAACAAACCCUGGCUGUGCUCUGCUCCAUUUGCAGCCUCACUGCAGGACAGCUCAGGGUUUAUCUGGCAUGGCACCGAGGCUCAGCCCUGCAUGAGCUGCCGAGGCAGACGUGGAUCUGCAGGAUGAGCAGAGCUGCAGGCAGAGCAUAGCUGCCCCACCAGCAGCAGAUGGAUGCUGACACCAUGGAGGUGGCCAACACCAGAGAUUUCCAAUGGAAGACCCUCGCCCCUCUGCCGAGCCGUCGGGUUUACUCCACACUGGUGGAGGUGGGAGGGCAAGUGUUUGCCAUCGGGGGCUGCGAUGACAACGGUGUCCCCAUGGACUGCUUUGAGGUCUAUUCCCCCGAGGCCGACCAGUGGACGUCGCUGCCCCCUAUGCCCACAGCCAGGGCUGGGGUGGCAGUGGCCACGUUGGGCAAAAGGAUUAUGGUGAUUGGGGGUGUUGGAGCCAACCAAGCGCCAUUGAAGAUAGUGGAGAUGUACAACGUGGAUGAGGGCAAGUGGAAGAAGAGGAAUUCGCUCAGGGAGGCAGCCAUGGGCAUCUCGGUGACAGCAAAAGACUACAGAGUGUAUGCAGCCGGAGGGAUGGGAGCCGACCUACGACCACACAACUACCUGCAGCACUACGACAUGUUGAAGGACAUCUGGGUGUCACUGGCAGCCAUGCCCACAGCACGGUACGCAGCCACCUCCUUCCUGCGGGGCACCAAGAUCUACGUGCUGGGGGGAAGGCAGUCCAAGUACGCUAUCAAUGCCUUCGAGGUCUUUGACACCGAGACCAGAUCGUGGACCAAGUUUCCCAACAUCCCCAAUAAAAGAGCCUUCUCCAGCUUUGUGCCCACUGAAGAUAAACUGUUCAGCCUCGGGGGUCUGCGGCAGGGCCGGCUCUAUCGGCAACCCAAGUUCAUGAGGACCGUGGAUGUGUUUGACUUUGAGCAAGGUGGCUGGAUGAAGAUGGAGCGCUCCUUCUACCUGAAGAAACGACGAGCAGACUUUGUGGCUGGUUACCUGAAAGGCAGAGUCGUCGUGGCUGGGGGACUGGGAAACCAGCCGACCGUCCUGGAGUCUGCAGAAGCUUUCCAUCCUGAGAAGAACAAAUGGGAGAGCUUGCCCCCUAUGCCCACCCCACGCUGUGCUUGCUCCAGCAUCGUGCUGAGGGGCAGCCUGCUGCUGGCGGUCGGUGGGGUGAGCCAGGGAUUGAGCAAUGCAGUGGAAGCCCUUUGCCUUUCUGACUCCUAGCAGUGGCUCUGUGGGCCCCUCUGGUCUCCUUCAGAGCUUCUGGGGGUGGGGGGAAACCCAGAGGAAGGGACUGCUUGCAGUGUUUGUGCUGUGUGUCCUGCCAGCAGGAAGGGCUCUGCAGGGUGGGGAUGUGGGUGAGCAUCUCCCUGCUGCCACCUGAACCCAGCACAUGUUUGGAGGGCUCAGUCAGGUGAGAGUUGGAGUGGGGAGAGCAGACGUGAUUCCCUUUGGGUGCUCUGAGGUCUGUGUUUUCUCCUUGGCGUGUGCAAGAAGGGAAACUCCAAGUCUGUAUCCAGGUGUAGGGGAUCAUUCUAUUGCCUUCAUAGCAAGGCUUUUCCUGCAGGCUCAUAGCUGUGACUGUCACUUUGCAAGUGAGCUGCCCAUGCUCCUGGGAGGGAUGGAUGCUCAAAGGACUGCUUUGCAGAGGCUGGGUGUUACUUUUGGCCCAGGAAUAGCACAAAAAUGCCUUUGUAGGGUUUCACAUACAGAUAGCCUCCAAUUGGACUUCAGUUCCUACAGUUAUUUGGGAUCUUCUGUUCAGUUUUAGGAGAAAGGAGCAGAAAGGAGCUCUGCCUGGAGUACUGGGCAAGGGUUUUCCUGUAGCUUCACUCUGUAGGGAGGCAAGGGAGCCUAUGGCUUCUGUUUGGUUUCAUUCCUUCAUCUGGGAGGGUUCGAGCCGCUGGCUGACACUCCAAGCUUGUGUAGCAUCAUUAAAAGCUGCCCCUAGAAAACCCCUCGCAUGAGCGCGGUCUGUGCUAUGGGCUACGACUGUAAGAACAGCGAGGUGUCCCAAUAGGGAUGCAGCCCUUUUUCCUUCCAGCUCAUCCCAGCCCCGUUUUGGGGAUGGCGGAGCGCGGGGGACACCGUGCGGCCGCUGCCUCCAUCGCAGCUCUCACUGGGGCCGACCACCCCGGUUCUAUCCCGUCCCACCGGGUCGGGGUCCGCCGGUACAUCCUGCCUUGGUUGGACCGGACCUGGCUCUGUUUGGGGCAUGCAACCCCAAAGUAGCAGCGCAUCCCUUUGAGAACCGGAGGAGGAUGGGAGGGAUCGGUCUCCAGAACAAACCCUGCGACUCCCGGCACAGAAAAUCUCUGUUUCAGCCGCCUCUGCACAGCUGAGAGUCUCUUAACUCUUAACGAAGUGUUUUCCUUUGUCCUUAAGGAACCUUUCCCACACAUUGCACAGCCCAAUGCUCCCUGCUUUCCCAUCCUCUUGUUAUUGCAGCAGGACCGGGUCCUGGGCUCUGCUCUGCCUUUGUUUAACUGGAGCGAGGGGAGGAGGAGGAAUCCGCUGCCUUUGUCUGCCUGCAGCACAGCUGGGGGGCUGCUCCUUGGCUUUCUCCUUCCAGAAACGCUGCAGAGCGAGGCAGACAAAGCAGCGCCAUGGGAAUAAACCCGCUGCAGGACUUAAUGAAGAGAUGUCGGGGAGCGAGGGGAUGAGACGACGGGGGGAGGGGUGGUGGAGACGGUCAGUAAUCAAAGCUGGAGAUGUGCCGAGCAUGUAGAGAAGGAGAGAAAGAGGGAGCUCCUGAAGCAGCAGCACAGCAAGGAGCAGGUCUGGGUCAGCUGCUUUGUAGCAAAACCCAGUUCUCAUUACUGAGCCAAUCCCACUGUCUCCAGCCAGCAGCAAUCGCUCUGUGGGGCUCAAUGCCCGCUAUAGGAGUGCUUUACCCAUGGCUGUGUUCAGGUAGGAGCUGUAGAGCCUUCUGACCCUUUUAACCACCUCUGCUCUGCUGUGCUCCCAGCUAAUGCUCAUUCGGAGGCCUCUGUGUCUGAUGGAGCUGUGAUUUCCCCAUUAAUAACGUUGCUUGAUCACAAAUGGCUUUGUUAGCACAGAGAGGUAAGUGGAGAGUGGGAAGGGACACAUCUAUGGUUACUUAGUGAUGAGAGAUAGGGUGAGCUCUCUGUGUGCCAGGCUCUGACCCAGUGCAGCAUCACAGCUCUCAGCAUUAGAAGCACAGCAUCUGCAGCCUCCUUUGGGAGUACUGCCCCCCUCCCUGGCUGCUCUCAGCUAUGGGAAAUCCCAGAUCCGUUCCGUGGGCUGAGAUUCCCUACAGGAAGGGGGGGAAAUCCUUCAGGUUUCUCCAUCCCUCUGCAGCUCAGUGUUGGCACUCUCUGGUUCCAUCACUCUGCCAGACGUGAGUGGGAGGAUUCCAUCUCUCCCUGGAUGGCUUCCACAGCUGCACCUUGAGUCCUGCAGCUCUGCUCCUGCUGCUGUGGGAAACAGGAGUGGGUGAUAAAACAAGAGGGCUGUGCCUGCCCUAUUGGUGACAGUGAGCCACUGUUGGGGAGCUGGGAGGUGAUUCAGGUGCACUCUCCACGCUUGGGGUUGGUUUGUGUUUAAAGCAGUGCUGUGGAUGUUCGCCUCCCCCUCUGGGUGCUCUCUGGACGGCAGAUGGCAUCCAUGGGCUGAGCCAGCGGUAUCUGCUACUGCAUGACCCUGCCCUGCUGCUGGGGGGGGCUCCAGUGUGUUAAUAGCAUCCAGCAGACCCAGGAGAGCUUGCAAGGAACUCUAUGUGAAAAGAACCAAAGGAUCUUGUAGAUAACUUAAUGUGAAAAGGACUUUAUGCAUCUCUCUCAGUGCUCCCAUGAGCAGGCAUUGCCUCUGGGUCCUGGUGCCUCGCAGCUGCUGUGACAAGGCUGAAUUCUGCUCUCAUCUCCUCUGAGCAGAUUGUAACUCAUGGUGUGUGUGGUUGAAUCCUACUCGUGUGCUGCUGAGCUGUGCCAUGGACGCUCAAAUUCAUGCAUUGCACAGCUCCACGAGCAGCAGAUAUGCACCAGGUGACAGCACACAACCCUGGCUGCUCGUUCCUCCCUAUGCAGCCCUCCUGGUAUGUUGGGCAGGGCAUCCCAAAGUGGCUGAAAGCAAAUUGCAAUCGGUGAUCAUCGUUCUGGGGCAGGAAUUCAAUGCAUCUCACCUCAUCUCACAUCGGGAGGGCUGUUGCUGUCUGUCUGACACUGACAAGCAAUUAAGAUGCCAAUUCAGUAGCAGGCACGCUUAGGCUUUGGCACAGAGGACGUGCUGAUGACAAAGCACAUUUACUGAAGCUGGCCUGGAUGUUGCUGUAGCUGUUGUGGAUGGUGGUGCAAAGGGGGGAAUGUUUUAGGAAUAAGUGGGUUACGACCCGGCUUCCUUCCUAAGAUGCACAGAUAAUUUGAUCUGCCUUGGAGAGCUGUUGUCAGCUGAGUCUUUGUGGUUUUCCAGCUCUGAAUGGCACUCAGCAAAUCAUGCAGCCGACUGCUGCCGUGUCCCCAUCUGAACUCCCAAUAGCCCAAGUUGUGCUUGCUGAAACGAGGGCUGAUCCAGCACUGAGCAGUUCUGCUGCUGAUCGCUGCAUCGGUGUUGCUGCCAACGAGCAUCACCACUGUUGUUCUCAAGCAGUCUUUGUCUGCACAGGAAACCUCCUGAAAGCAAACUCCCAUAUAUCUGGCUGCAGAGCAGACAUCUGCCUGCAGAGCUCCUGUGUCUUGUGUCAGUCCCGUAGCUGCGUGCUGCUCUGCUCCUGCUCAGAGGGAGAAGAUCUUUGGGGGUCAGCGCAUCCUUUGCUCAUCAGCCAACCCUCCCCAAAUGGAGACCCAGUGUGGACCCCAAAUGGGGACUCAGUGUGGACCCCAAAUGGAGACCCAGUAUGGAGCUGUGUGUGAAUAUUAUCUUCAUGCUUCAGCAAUGAAUUUCUCCUCACUGGGAAUGCUGAGGAUGGAGCUCCUCCAUUGGGCACUGGGGUCCAUCUGUCACAGUCACCAUCGUGCCCCCACCACAUCCCCAACCCCAGUGACAUCCCUGCCCAGCCACCAGCUGGCACAGCCUCCCAUCAUUAUCUACCUGCAUGCAGUGGAUAUUGGAGCCACAACCAUGGGAUUCAAAAGUUUCCAGCACUGAGCAUGAAAGCUUUUUGGGGGAAGUUUGCUUAUUUUUGAUAGAAACAGCUCAGCAUUUCAGCAGCCCUAUAGGCAGCCCAUGGCUGGUAGCUCAGCCCUUACCCCUACUGUUUUCUUACUCUUCUUGAUGUUCUUCACUGCUUAAACUUCUAUAUAUAAAGCUGCUCAGAGCAAUGCAUUUUUCUUUGCCUUGUCUGGCUGGAUGGGGCAGGAUUUGUGCUUUCCAUGACCCAUCCCUGUCUGCAGCAUGUCUGCUGUCACUGCAGCUACACGCAGCAGGAGCUUGAACUGUUCAGCAUCCCCUUAUGGGACCAAUGAUGCUGUGCAGAACGAUCCUCCAGCCACCCAUCCUGGGCACAAAACCGACACAGAGAGUCAUUGGGAUGGAUGGUUGGAGGGAUUAGCUGGGCUUGGAUGGUCUGAGCAGGGGGUGGGGGGAUAAACUGAGCAGCUGCGGUAGGUGCAGGUGCCGAGGUGGCCUUGCUCUGCGAUGGUGAGAUUCAAUAGGUCAUAAAUUCCUUUUCCAAAGGCUCCCGUUUUGCUGCUUAAUGUGUUUCCCUUCUUCUGCUGAUGGAUGGGGCUCCCAGAGGGGAAGAUCAGAGCAAAACCCCUUUCUUUGGUGUUUUUGGAGGAUGGAUGGGUUCCACAUCUGCCCGAGCUGCCCCACAGCAGGAGGGGAACGAUGUUGGCUGGGAGGCCACUAAUGAGAGGCGAUCAUUGGUCUUUUUAUUGCCUCUGGCUCUGUAAAACCUGGCAGGGCACCUCUCCCUAUCCAAGUUCUGACUGCUAUACACGGGUCUAUUCUGACCACGACAAGGAUGUUUGUAACACAGAGGCAGUGCUGUAGCAUCCAUUUACAUUAAGAAAUAAUAAUCCAAACGAUAAUAAUAAUAAUAAUAACAAAAACCUAGCAGGCUGGAAGAGAACCAAACUCCCAUCCUUACGAAGCAUCGGGUCGAUCAGACUGGCUUUGAGGUUGACCUGUCACAGGGCCAAAUUCCUGCCUGACUUUCACGUCGGUGUUAGCAGACACACAGAGCUCUGUGCUGCUACAGAGAGCACAGCUGGGAUGGAUGGCUAUGGAUGGGGCUGGGGAUUUUCCUUGGGUUUCCUUGGGUUUGCUGCUGAGGAAGCAGCGGUAAUACAGACGGCCACAAGAAGGGAUCCUUAUCGGCGAAUUCCAGCCGACUUAGAUCCGCGUCCCUUGAUAUUUCCAUUAUAAAGGGCUUCCUGAAGGGAGCCUGGAACAAAAGCAUACCUCGGCUGAGUGUCAGCGAGGAGAACCGAGGAGAGGAAUUUAUCUGCUGGAAACAGAAAGAGAAGCAACCCGAGUCAUUUCCUUUCAUCCCGGGGAAAGCCUCUGGAAGGCAUUCCUGUAAAUCAAGAGGACAUUAAACGUGUGCUUAAGGCUAAA